UACAAGAAUCAUGUGUGAAGUGGUGGAUCCCUUUUCCAACUUUCUCACUGGAAGCUGCUCAUAAACGCCAUCUGCUGUUCAAAAGAGUGGAGCGAGUGUCUGGAAAAUGGAUAUCCAGCCUGAACCUGGAAUGAAUGAAAUCAUAUUUAACCACUACAACCACACGGGCAAGUGGGGAAAACCAAAAAGCGACGGUACAUGCAAGACAGCCUUCCUGAUUUGCAUCUGUGCUCUGAUUGUAUUGGAGAACAUCACUGUACUACUGGCGCUAUGGCGCAACAAGCGUUUCCACAGCCGCAUGUACUUUCUUAUCGGCAACCUGGCACUUUCGGACUUGUUAGCUGGAGUUGCGUACGUGGUCAACAUCUUCACCUCCGGCAGCAAUACUUAUUUCCUCAGUCCCGGCCAGUGGCUUCUGCGAGAGGGGAGCAUGUUUGUGGCGCUUAGCGCUUCGACCUUCAGCUUGCUCGCUAUCGGGAUCGAGCGCUACAUGACGAUGGUUCGCCUGCGCCCGUGCGAGACCGCAGGACGGGGGAGGUUGCUAGCUCUCCUGGGAGCCUGCUGGGCCGUUUCGGUCCUGCUGAGCGCUUUGCCCAGCCUCGGCUGGAACUGUUUGGGCCGACUCCACACCUGCUCCACUGUCCUACCGCUGUACGACAAAAGCUACAUAGCCUUCUGCAUCAGUGUCUUCACGGCCCUGCUAGCGGCGAUCGUGGUGCUAUACGUGCGCAUUUACCAGCUUGUGACGUCCAGCGGGCGUAGAGUGAGCUCCCGGCCGUCGGAUCGCUCGCUCGCACUUUUACGCACCGUAGUGAUAGUGCUAGGGGUUUUUGUGGCCUGUUGGGCUCCUCUUUUUCUGCUACUCCUGGUGGAUGUGGGAUGCAGUCCAGAGCAGUGUCCGGUUCUGUACCAUGUGGACUGGUUCAUCGCUCUGGCCGUGCUCAACUCCGCCCUCAACCCUCUCAUCUACACGUUCUCCAGCCGCGAGAUGCGGACCGCGUUCAUCCGAGUGCUGUGCUGCUGCUGUUCCGAGACCCCACUGGACUCUAUGCCUACGGUGGCAGGGGCGGCACUGCCGGGAAUAGUUAUCGCAACCGCGGAGAACAGCAAAUCAAGCAUGGCCGGGGCAGCCAAGUCCUCCCUGAUGCGAAGUAAAGUUCCUACCCCAUCAAACUCCCAUCAUCAGCAUGGGGACACGUCUCAACCAGUCUCAGGGCCAGGUGACCUACUGUCCGCGGUGCUGGUUAAAGCUGGCGCGCUUCCCUCGUUGGGGAAGUUUUGAGACUAUGGGAGUCAGCACAAAAGAGCGGGAAUUUGUUAUUUCCCAAGAUGUUUUGGUCACGGCUCCUGUUUUGUAGUUUUUUCAGCACUCUAAGGAUUACAAAACCUGGAUUUGCUUUCAUACAAAAGACAAUGAGAUUUUAAAGGUACUAUCAAAGCAUGAUUGAACAAAUGCUGACCAAAGGAAACACAAACUGAAUUGACUUCUAACAUGUAUUAAUAUUUAUGAAACUGAGCAUGUGCUAUGAGCACAUAACAUAGAGCCACUACAGAAUGUAAUCACUCGAAAAGCUUAAGUGUGCAAUUUUUUCUAUCAAAAUAACCCAAUUUGUAAAACGGUAUAUUAGCUUUUCAUGAAGGAAAACGCCUUAACAGUAUUAU